AUGAGUCAACGCGAAAUCAAGGACCCCAGUGGCAACGUGGUAAUGCGGGUAACCGAAUAUGAUGGGCACUUAUUUCCUGCAAAUAUCUUCGGGGAUGUGGGCGAUACUCUUAAGCAACUUAAUGAAAUGACAUUUCAAGACAGCGAUAUUUGUGUUGUAUCCUACCCCAAAUCUGGAACACACUGGUGUUAUGAGAUAGUGUCCAUGCUGCGCAACAAUACGUCCGAGUUUCAGACAGUUGUGCCUCCUCUUUUUGGAAUGUUUCCUGUCGAAAAACUUAAGCAGGUGCCCAACGGUGUCUAUGUGUCUCACUUAGUGCCAAGACAUAUGCCAAAAGAUUUCAUCAAAAAGCAAUGUAAAAUUAUCAAUAUCUACAGAAAUCCAAAAGACGUCGUCGUUUCACUGUUCAACUUCAUCAAGAAAACAAAAGCUGGGGAUCUUAUGAAAGAUAUGCAGUUCGAUGUUUUCUUUGGAAUGUUUAUGAAUGGCCAGCUUCCUGGGGGUACCUGGUCAAAGUACAUGAAAGAAUGGACAGAUUUCACUGAAGAAAAUCCAUCAUACCCAUUUCUAAACAUCUGCUAUGAAGAUAUGAAAAAGGAUUUAAAAGGUCACGUUAAGAAGAUUUCAACAUUUUUGCAACUGGAUUCGAGUGAAGGGUUGAUAGAUGAAAUCUCCAAAAAAUGCGAAUUCCAGACAAUGUCCAAGUUUAAGAACAAUCAUGUCCCAGAUUACAUGAAGAAGCUAACAGAUGUACAGGAUAGCCAUGUUCUCUACAGAAAAGGUGAAGCGGGAGAUUGGAAAAAUUGGCUUAAGGUCGCCCAGAGUGAAGCUUUGGAAGCAGAUGUUCAGGCAGCAAAUGUUCCUUUGGAGAUCAAGUACAUGUGAUGAAAUGCAAAUUAAAAAAAAAAACUUUCUGCGUCUAAGAACUGAACAACAAAUGGCACAUAGUGCAAGAAAAAUGAGAUCUGAACACUUGAGUA